GUUGGAAAACAACUUAAUGUGAUUAUUUAAAAAAAGGAUAAUGUUUUAUUAACCAGAUGGCAUUGCAGUGACGUACAGGGUGAGAGAUUUUUUAAGUGGAUGCGACAUGUGUGAAGACGAUCUUUUCAAAUGGGAAUCUUCUCGGUUAACAGUUGUUAUCAGUGCAACGUGCAGCUCCACCGUCAACUCUUCAGCACACUAUUUUACAAAAACCCUGGACAUGUUUUUAUUAUGGUUUGUGGCAGGGGUUCAUUUGGUGAUAUGUCCUUUCACAAAAGUAGAAGAGAGCUUCAAUAUACAAGCGACGCACGACUUGAUUUACCACAGAUUCAAUUUCACCCAGUAUGACCAUCAUGAAUUUCCUGGUGUUGUACCUCGAACUUUUAUUGGGCCGAUGUUGCUGUCGUUAAUUGUAUCUCCAAUUUACUUUAUCUUCAAAGUUAUUGGAUUUCACAGUUUUACGAAAAUUUUUAGCCAAUACCUUGUUCGUACAGCACUAGCAUCGUGCGUGUUACUUUCAUUUAACUUUUUCAAAAGAACAGUUGAAAAAGAAUAUGGAAAGCAAGUUACUACUUGGCUUGUUGUAAUUACACUAUCCCAAUUCCAUUUUAUGUUUUAUUUAAGUCGACCUCUACCAAAUAUCAUGGUUCUUCCAUUUGUGUUACUAGCAUUUGCAUUUUGGAUCAGAGGAAACCAUUUAGCUCUAAUAUCAUUUUCAUCUAUAUCUGUUAUUAUAUUUAGAUUUGAAUUGGCGAUCCUUUUUGGAUGUAUACUAAUUUUAGAAAUACUAUGUGGGAAAAUUACAUUGUUAAGAACUUUAAAACUGGGCCUCCCACUUUCUCUGUUAUCUUUUCUAUUUACUGUUGGGAUCGAUUCUUUUAUGUGGAAUAGAGUCACAUGGCCGGAAGGAGAAGUGUUUUGGUUUAAUUCAGUGCUCAAUAAAAGUUCCGAAUGGGGUACAUCUCCAUUUUUGUGGUACUUUUAUUCAGCUUUGCCAAGAGCUUUAGGUAUGAGCGUCGUAUUUGUACCACUUGGUGUUCUUUCAGAGAAGAGAGUUCGACUGUUGGUGAUCCCUUCCUUAGUAUUUAUAAUGCUAUUUUCUUUUCUACCACAUAAGGAAUUGCGCUUUAUCAUCUACACAUUUCCUAUGCUUAAUUUGUCAGCAGCUUGUGCUUGUAACAGACUGUGGGUUGGAGCGUAUAAAUCACUCUAUAGAUGGUUCCUUUGUGCUGGUGCUGUCUCCCAUAUCAUGGUUAAUAUUUUUGUAACGACAACUUUAUUAAACGUCGCCCAAUAUAAUUAUCCAGGAGGAUUCGCCAUAACUAAACUGCAUAGUUUGGUCCCUAAAGAGAAUUAUGCGCACGUUUAUAUAGAUAAUUUAGCAGCUCAGACGGGAGUUUCAAGGUUUACUCAAUUGAAUGACCAUUGGAUAUACAAUAAGACUGAAAACUUGAACUUUGAGAGCAAAGAAAUGUUAAUGUUUUCUCACCUUUUAGUCGAAGCGAGGAGCAAAUAUUCAAAAACGUUGAAACCUUUUACCAAAACGCAUACCAUUUUAGAUUUUGUCGAAGGCUUCUCUCACGUCAUGUUCAAUUACAACUCGUUCCCUCCAAUGAAAUUUAAAACGAGGCCAAUGAUUUUUAUUUUACAACAGGAUGAUUAUGUACUAAUGCCAUCUUUUCAUGGCGAUAUUAGCAACAACGUACAGUAUGAAAGUGUGAGUUACGUUAUUCCAGCAACUGAAGAGGACCCACAGAAACCUAUGGCAGGAAAAAAUGAAGAAUCAAUUGACACAGUUAAACCUAAACAGAAUGUGAAAAGAAGUGCAUUCCCACAAAAGCAGCCCAGACAAAGACCAGAAUUGAACAAAGUUGUUACAAAGAAAACGAGUUCAGAUGAAAUUGUAUUGAAACAAACAGGAAAUAAAGAAACCUACAAAGCCGACAAUAAACAUGGCUUCCUAGCUGCAAGUUCAGAUGAAAAUGGUAAAAACGUUUUACAAGACUUUUACAAGUUGGAACAGAGUUUAAAUAUUGAUGCAUCUAAAAAGACAAGCCUUGAAACUGAAAAAGAAAUUGAGAAAAAACCAGUGCAUAUCACCCCAAAUGAAAGUAUAGCAAAAGUUUUACCUACUAUGAAAGUUAAACAACAUACAAAGCAAAAGAAAGCGGCUAUUUCCGAAGAAGAUAAAGUUGAUUUAUUUCUACAGCAAACUCAGCCAGUUAAGAAUAAGAAACAGGAACACGUAGAAAAAGAUAAAAAUACCGUUGAAAAUCGAGAGGUUGAAGAGUUGGAUGCUAAAAAGAAACAAACAAUCAGACAGAAAUCAGAGGCUGAAAUUACAACUCUGAAUGAAAAAACAAUCCCGAAUAAAGAUGUAUUGCAAGAAAGAACACAUGAAGUGUUAAUAACAGAAAAAAAAGUUGAAGAGGGAACUAUGAAUGAAGGUAAAAUAGAAAAAGCGAAAGGAAUACAAACUGGGAAAACAGAAGAAACAAUGAAAAAAAAUGUUACAAGUAAAAAAACGUUACCAAAACCAAAUGAACAUGGACUGCCUACAAAAGAAAAAUCACCUGAAGGAGAUAAAUUGAAACAAACUGUUAUUUCAAAGAGUACAGAAACAGUUGCAAAUAUUUCAAUAAAAGAAAGUAAAAUAAACGACAGUAAAGAUAGAAAGCUUAGAUUGGAUGUGCCAAUUAAGGAAAAAGAAACUGAAUUUUCAGUAAGUGGCUCAAAUUCUUCUAAAAAAAAUCUUCCAGGUUCAAAUAAAAGUGUGGAUGUGACAAAUAAAAAUAAAUCUGAUCAUACUGCUACAAAGGAUACAGAUGACAAACAAAAAGUGACAAAAAAUAAAAGACAAAAUAAAAAUUUAAAUAUAGAAGAGGUUGAUUAUAAGAAACAGACACAGAAUGGAAAUGAAGAACUUAAUAGGGUAUUAGAAGUGAAUGAAAAUAAUGCAGCUCCUGAUAUAGUUGUGAAAGACAAUACGAUAAUAUAUUCAACUAGGGGUAAAGGGUCAAUAGCUAAACAUGUGGCAAAUCUAAAAAAGAAAUCUAGUCAAAAGGAAACUCCUGACUGAACUUAUAAUUUG